ACCAUGCAUUCUAGUAUACUUGGAUCUGAUUGAAGGUACUUGCCUGGUUUUGAGCGGAGUGGGAUUCCUGGGUUUUCAGUAUCCUGAAUUACACCGCAACAACUCCUCAGAUCAGAAUAGACAGCUAGCAUCUGGCAUUUGUCCAUCCUCAAUGACAACUCCUACUCCAACUUCAACCUCAAUGACACAAACCACAACCACCACCAGAUCUACAACCCCAACUCCACGGCAGCCAUCCACAACUUCAUCUCCCUCGACAAUCACCCCCAACGACGAUAACGCCGUAUCAUGGGAACAUCUCGAACACGCACCUCCUCGAUCCCCUCCUACCACCACCACCACCACCACUAACGAGCAUCUCUCCAUCGCAGAACGAAUAGCCCGUCUCCCAGGAAGAGACACUCACGUUCGAGCUACUAUGGCCAGCCGUCAAUCGAACGAAAAUAGUUCGUUCUUCGAACGUAUAGCUCGUCUGUCAGGGAGGGAUAAUCAUGUCAGAUCUACGGUAGAUGUGGAAAUGCAGUCGCAGUCGUAUCAUGUUGAGGGUGUGGGUGUGGGUGUGGGUGCCCCGGCCAUUAGGGUUUCUCCGCCUUCUGAUAGUGGGGAGGAUGAAAGGGGGAGGGAGGAGGAAGGUAGUAGUGGGGGUGUGGGUGAGGGAAGGUAGAUGGCGGGUUGUCUGUUAAUAUGGACAUUCUGAGAGAAUGAGAGAAAGGAGUGAUACGCCAUGGAUCGAGGAAGGUGUUUAUUG